UUUUUUUUUUUUUUUGAAGAGAGUUUGUAACUUUUUUAACAUUUUAUAAAUAUAUAAUUAAUUCUAUUUUUUAAUUGUACUUCACGUGCAAGACUUGAAUUUUACAAUAAAAAAAAAGAUUAAAAAGUUGCUGGAAAUAAAAAUAGAAAUAUGAGUAAUACGUGAGCUGAUAAAAGAACAUAAAAAUCUUUCGACAAUUUAAAAAUUGAAGACGAAGUUUUUUAAAUUACUCAAUAAAAGAGAAGUAAAGUAUUUAUUUAAAAAAAAAAAUUAUAGUUUCAUGAUAAAUUUGAGAAGAUAAGAUAUAAUAAAAUAAAAGAUCAUUAAUUGUGAGCGAAAAUAUUGCUAUUAGUAAUUUAGAGAAUCUCUCGACAAUUUAAAAAGUGAAGACCUCUCGGUGAAGACGCAGUUCUCCAAAAUAUACAUAAUCAAUAUGAGCGGAAGAAAAAAUUUGCGUACUAUUAGAAAAUUAAAUCCAAGAUUUAUUAAGCCGAGAAAUGAUGAAUUAAUGCAUUUUAAAGAAGCUUAUAAAAUUGAUGAAAAUCCAAAAUUUGCCGUUAAUCUCGCUCAAUGUUUGAAGGAAAGUAAAAAUAAUUCAGAAGCUAUGAUAAUAUUUGAGGAAUUAUAUAAAAAAAAUUGGAAAAGUGUCACAAUACAAUUAAGAUUAGCUUUAGUUUUUAUUAAAACUAAUAAAUUAGAUAAUGCAGAAAAAUGUUUAGAUUACGUUGAAUCUGUAGCACCGGAAAAAUCUAUGUUUUUACACUAUAAAGGAUUGUAUUUGAUGAAAAAAAACAAUAUGAGGAAGCUUCGAAAUACUUAUUAAAAGCUACAUCAGGAGAAUUUAAUUUUCCAGCGGAAAUGAGUUACAUAAAAUGUAUGAAAAUAUUUGACACAAAAUUUGAUUUUACAUCACAUUUACUUGAAAUCAAAAAAAAAUUUUCAGAAGCUGAAAAUGAAAGAAAAACAGAUAUUUUACUUUAUAUUGGUUUUAGUUAUUUUUACAAUAAUAAAAAUUAUCUGGAAGCUAUGAAAUAUUUUUUAUCAGCAUUUAAAAUCGAGGAAAAUAAAUUGUCACUAAAGAAUUUCUAUUGUUUACUUGCUAAGACACCAACAACAGAUGUGUAUGAUUUUGUAAUAAAAGAAUUAUUACCAAAAAUUAAAGUCAACUCGACGACAGGUACAAAUAAUCUUCCAACGAAAGAAAUAAUUGAAAUGAAAGAAAUGCUGAAAGAAAUUUGUGAAGAAUAUCUCUAAAUGUUUAAAAAAAACAACAAUUAAGGAGCAAUUUUUAAAAAUAAAUAAUUAAUUGCUGAUUCGAUUUAAUAAUAUUCAUAAAUAUUUUUUUUUUAUAAAUCUUCUAUGGAAGAUUGAAAAAUAAAAAUAUAUUAUACAAAUAUUAUUCAACAAUUUUAUUUUUUUUUUUUUAUAUAUAUUUUAGAUGGAUAAAUGCAUCAAUUACGGUGCGUUUAUAAAAAAACAACUAUUAUCACUAUUAUAUUUAAUAUAAAUGUUGCAAAAUGAUUUUAAAAAAAUAUUUUAAUCUUUUUUUGAUACAAUCACUAAUAAAGAUGCACAUUUAAAGAAUUAUUAAUUUAAUUAUUUUUAGAUAAAAAUUUUUCCCUCGUCGUAAUUGAAAUAUUUUUAAAAUUUCCAAUGGCUUCAAUUCAAACGUAAUUUUGGUCACCGUAAUUGAUACACCGAAACUGAUACAAACGCGCCGUAAUAGAAAAUUACGUUAUUAGUUUUAAUUUCUCAUAUUUUUUUAAAUAAUCAAUUUUUAUAAAGUUAAAAAUAAUUUAAUAUCUAAUUUAAUUUAACAUCUAAAUAACAUGUAAUCUUAUUUAGUUUAAUAAGUCUUAAAUUGACUUUAUACAAUAGAAAUGUCGAAUUUUCUAUUUCAAAGAUGUUUUAAUCCUAUAUUCAAAGUUUCAA